AUGCCUAAAUUCUUUUUCCAAAUUAGUCCAAAUUCCUUAUUAUCGAUUUGGUACUGCAUAAUUUGUUCACUUCUCCAAGGCUGGCUUAUUUUUCUUGGAUUUGAACGUUAUCGUUUAUAUACAGAAAUACAAUGGCCGACAGGCUCAUUUCCACGUUUAUGGCUAACAAUAUUUAUUUCUGUUUUGGGGGCCUGUAUACCUUUAAUUGCUCUUUUCCUCGUCUCUAGCCUGAUUAAAGUUGGAAAUUUGGCAAAUGAUAAUGACAAAUUGGGGGCACGUCCGAGGAGAGUAAUUGAACUUGUUAAAGGAGGAAAGGGGCAGAAUGCACAACGAAAAAGGAGAAAAUUUUCAUAUCGCCUUUGCCAUUGUAUACGUUCUAUAUGGACUCACGGACCUCCUCCAGCACAGUCUUUACAUUUACUUAUUGCUUUAUUACAAUUAUUUGCACAUCAAACAAUGCUUGCACAAUUGUAUCGUUAUGGUUUUAUAAAUUCUGGAGAUUUUUUAAAUUCUGAAUUUGAUUUUGCUUUCCAAAGAGCACGCCAACUUGCUACAAACCUUCCAAUGGGGGAAACAAGACUUCAAUCAUUUAAAAUAACUUCAGACGAAUUAUCAGCUUCUCCUUUAGCACCAAAUCUUUUGCCAAUUUUGAUGCAUGCCCGUUUAUUUGGAAUUCCUUUAGAAUUUACAAAUCUUCUCGUAGCAUUAAUUGCUUUCUCAACAACAUAUCCAGCUGUAUUUUGGAGGGCUAGCCGAGCAUUUUCAAUACUUUUUUCAAUCUUUUUGUUCGUUCAAAGUGCAAAUAUUAUGUGGACAUAUUUUGGAUUUUCUAUUUUAUUUAGAAUUCAAGAAACUAAUUUUUAUGGGCCGAGACCUGUGGGAAUUGGUCAACAUUUAUGGGCACUUCGUUCACUUCCUUUUCUCUUCCAUCCUCUAGCAUUAAUAGUAACUUUCUGGCUUGUUUUAGCAUUAAUGCAAUUAGCACCUAUAGCCCUAUAUUCUUUUGGUUAUGCUAAAUUUACUUCAAGUCAAUCAAAAUUGAGACAUUUAAAUCGUUGUCGACGUUCAAAUCCUUCUUUUGGAAGGUCUCCACAAAUAAAAACAAAUUAUGAACCUUGUGUACAAGCUGAAGAUAUUGUUAUUUCUUCAACUUUUUGUGAUGGAUUAACACCACACGUUUUUUCUAUUACUUUAUUGUUGUUGGUAGCAGCCGUGAAAGCGCCUGCCUUUUAUGCUAUAGGACUUUUAUAUUAUAAAGAAGAAAAACCUUUUCUUCUAUGUUGUCUAAUGGCUGAUUUAGUUUACAUGUUUGUUUGGGUAUUGCUUUGGUGUAUACUCACAAUUAAAUGUCUUUGGCCUUUCCGUGUUCAUUACGAAGUUCAAGAAUUAAUUUCUCUCCAAGAUGCGCAUAAAAUUUCUGAUGGAAAGGAUUGCGAGAAGAGAAGUCCGAACGAACUUAAAAAUGCCCUUCUACUUGUGCAUGGAGAUAAUAUGUUCCUCACAGACGAUCCUGUAGCCAAACCUUCAAUAAUGCGUCAAGUAAUAAAUAAUUGCUCUUCUAAUGAUUUUCCCCUUUGGCUCCGUUCUGGAGCUCAAAUGGCACCUGCCAUAACUACAACUGCUUCUACUUCACUUCCUGGAAGCUAUUCACUUCAGAGGCGAACAUUUACUUCUCAACAUACCCCAGAUUUAGGGCACAGACAUCAACCUUUAAAACACUUCCAAUCACUUCAACAACCACAACAUUUUGGAUUGGAACCGAGAUCUCCUGAUUCAUCUCCAGUUCCAUUGGCCGCUCCACCUUAUCAACGAGUAGGAGGUUCCCUUCCGCCUUUGAUUGGAGGGAUUGAUGAAGCAAGAUUGAUGAAGGAGCAAAUGACGACAACAAAUAAUGCUGUUUGCAGUCUUCAGCAAAGGCAAAGAGACAACGAAUAUGCUACUUAUAGGGCUUCAUUAUUACCACAACAAAAUUAUCUCCAUUAUCAAAACAAUUCACAAAAUCAACAACAAGGCACUUUAACUAGAAGUUUUAACAGUACUUCCCAACAGCCCCAACCUUCUCCAAUGAUUAAUAGAGCAAAUCUUCCAAUAAAUCCAAAUAUAAAUAAUAAUUUACAAUGCCCAACAUCCACAGAAAGUUAUGCUACAAUACAAAGACGUUGUUCAAAAACAAGUAUUGCAUCCUCUGGAUUAACUACAGCUGCACAACAUAUUCCUUCCUUAGUUAAUAAUUCCUCUUCGCCUAAUCAAAAUCGUUCUUCUAAUCGUUCGAACUCUUUGGCACAAACAGAAUAUAAACAAAAACAACCAAAUUUAAACGAACCACCACAAAUUAUGGCUGUUCUUAAACAACAAAAUAACAAUGAAAAUGGAUAUAAUACACAAAAAAGAUAUGGAACUUUAACUAAAAGAAAUGGAGGAGGAGGGGGAGGAGAUGUUGUUAAUAAUAUCUUAAGAAUUUAUGAUGGAGUACAUCCUCAAAGAAUAGCCCUCUCAUUGAGUACAACAAAUAAUCAAUCAACUAUUGAUAAAAACCAACAACAACCAUAUCAAAAACAAACACAAAGCACUUUAACUUUUGGGGAUAAUUGGCAAUCUAAAAUUGAAGCAACAGGGGGAGGAUCUAGUUUGAAUGGAACGGGGACUCCUUCUGGAUCGAUAACAUUAGGCAGCAGUAAUAGCCGUGUUGGAAGUGCAGCAAGCAGUAGUACAACCUCUCAAGCAACAUUUGAAGCAGUUGAUGGAUACAGAAAUACUUCUUCGUUUGGAAAUGAUUAUGGGACUUUAACUAGAAAAGAAAUAAAUAAUGGAAAUGAAAUUAAACAAAAAGUAGGGGGAGGAGGAGGAGGAAAUUUAGCUUUAGAAGCUGCCCAAUGGAAAAGAUCAAAACCUACAAUUGUUACUAAUAAUAAAAAUUCUGACUUUGCUACUAGUGUAGUAUAA